AUGAACCAGAAGACCACCCUGGUGCUCCUCGCUCUGGCCAUCAUCACCAUCUUUGCCUUGGUUUGUGUCCUACUAGCUGGCAGGGGUGGAGAUGGGACUGAACCUAGCCAACUUCCCCAUUGCCCCUCUGUAUCUCCAAGUGCCCAGCCCUGGACACACCCUGCCCAGAGCCAACUGUUUGCAGACCUGAGCCCAGAGGAGCUGACAGCUGUGAUGAGUUUUCUGGCCCAGAAGCUGGGGCCAGGGCUGGUGGAUGCAGCCCAGGCUCGCUCCUCAGACAACUGUGUCUUCUCAGUGGAGCUGCAGCUGCCCCCCAAGGCUGCUGCCUUGACCCACUUGGACAGAGGGGGCCCGCCACCUGCCCGAGAAGCACUGGCCAUCAUCUUCUUUGGUGGACAACCCCAGCCCAAUGUGAGUGAACUGGUGGUGGGGCCACUGCCUCACCCCUCCUACAUGCGGGAUGUGACUGUGGAGCGUCAUGGUGGUCCACUGCCCUAUCACCGACGUCCCAUGCUGAGAUCUGAAUUGGUACAGACAUGGAGGCAUUUGAAAGAGGUGGAACUACCCAAGGCACCUGUCUUCCUGGCUUCUGUCCUGAACUACAAUGGCUCCACUUUGGCACCUCUACAUUCCUCCCCUAGAGGUUUGCGCUCAGGGGACCGGGCUACCUGGAUUGCCCUCUACCAUAAUGUCUCAGGUCUUGGUAUUUUCCUUCACCCUGUGGGGCUGGAAAUACUGUUGGAUCACAGUGCCCUGGACCCUGCCCGCUGGACUGUCCAGCAGGUCUUCUACCUUGGGCACUACUAUGCAGACUUGGGCCAAUUAGAAUGGGAGUUUAAAGCUGGCCGGCUAGAAGUGGUUAGAGUGCCUCUACCCACACCAAAUGGGUCUUCAUCCCUCAGGUCCCGAAUCACCCUGGGCCCUCUUCCACCUCUUCAUUUCUCACACCAGGGUUCUCAGUACAAUGUACAAGGGAACUUGGUGGUAUCCCCCCUCUGGACAUUGAGCUUUGGCCAUGGGGUGUUUAGUGGCAUAAGGAUUUUUGAUGUUCGGUUCAAGGGUGAGCGAGUGGCCUAUGAAGUCAGUGUCCAGGAGUGCCUGUCUGUCUAUGGUGCUGACUCACCCAAGACAAUGAUGACCCGAUAUUUGGAUAGCAGCUAUGGACUUGGCCGUAACAGCCGAGGCUUAGUACGGGGUGUGGACUGCCCCUAUCAAGCCACAAUGGUGGACAUCCAUAUAUUAGCAGGCAAAGGGACAGUCCAGCUGCUCCCAGGGGCAGUGUGUGUAUUUGAGGAGGUUCAGGGACUACCUCUUCGAAGGCACCACAAUUACAUUGAGAGUCAUUUCUAUGGUGGUUUGGCCAGCUCAGCCCUUGUGGUCAGGUCUGUGUCAUCUGUGGGUAACUAUGACUACAUUUGGGACUUUGUGUUGCACCCAAAUGGGGCGCUUGAAGGGCGGGUCCAUGCCACAGGCUAUGUCAACACAGCUUUCCUGAGUGGAGGAGCAGAGAGCCUCCUCUUUGGUAAUCGUGUAGGGGAACGGGUGCUGGGGGCGGUGCACACGCACGCCUUCCACUUCAAGCUGGACCUGGAUGUGGCAGGGCUGAAAAACUGGGUGGUAGCAGAAGACGUGGUGUUUAAACCUGUUGCAGUCCCCUGGAGCCCAGAGCACCAGCUGCAGCGGCCACAGCUGACACGGCAGGUCCUGAGAAGGGAGGAUUUGGCAGCAUUUUCCUGGGGAAGCCCCCUUCCCCGCUACCUUUACCUGGCCAGCAACCAGACUAAUGCCUGGGGUCACCAGCGUGGAUACCGAAUCCAGAUCCACAGCCCCCCUGGCAUACACAUGCCCCUGGAGAGCAGCAUGGAGAGGGCCCUCAGCUGGGGGAGAUACCAGCUUGUGGUGACCCAGAGGAAGGAGAAGGAAUCGCAGAGCAGCAGCAUCUAUUUCCAGUCUGACAUCUGGACACCCUCAAUUGUCUUCGCUGACUUCAUCAACAACGAAACCCUCUUAGGAGAGGAUCUGGUGGCUUGGGUUACAGCCAGCUUCCUGCACAUUCCCCAUGCUGAGGAUGUCCCCAAUACGGUGACUUUGGGGAACAGAGUUGGCUUCUUGCUCCAACCUCAUAACUUCUUUGAUGAGGACCCCUCCAUCUUCUCCCCUGGCAGUGUCUACUUUGAGAGGGGCCAGGAUGCUGGGCUCUGCAGUAUCAACCCUGUGGCCUGCACCCCCAACUUGGCAGCCUGUAUCCCAGACCUUCCCCUUUUUUCUUAUCAAGGUUUCUAGAUCUGAGAGUAGGGGGGAACAUAGGGGGUAGGGGUAGGGAGCAGCAUCUGAUGAGAGACACUUGCCUUCUCCAUUCCCCCUUCAGUUCCCUGUGUUUUUUAUCACAUUGCUCCUCAGACUCUUUACCCUCCGUACUCCUUAGGGAAUAUCCUCCUCCCAAGCUAUAAAAUCUCCAUGUGUCACUUUGGUUAAUUCUUACUUUCUGCUCAUUUUGUAAAUGACAAAUUUAUAAAAACAAUUUUGAAAUAUUCAAGCAAAAACACCACAAAUCCCACCACUCAGAAUUAGCUGAUGUUUGCAUCAUACCAGGCAUUCCUUUAUGCAUGUGUAUUAAAAAGGAAUGGUUGUUAUGUGUAAUUGAUAAUAAAAAGUCUUAUAAGAAUUUCA